AUGCGGGAGCAGACUUUUAAGGAGGCCACCAUACAAUCAGUGUUCCGGAAAGCUGGAAUCUGGCCCAUAAGCUGUAAUACAGCCCUUGAGAAGCUGCGUACGUACUCGCAGCCUACGCCUACGCCUAUAGAGCCUACAACACCUACCCUACCACGCCCUAUUACCCCUAUACCCACUACGUUCCAGGGCGUAGAACAGGGCCUACAACGCUGGAAAGACCGGCUUCCGGAGGCCUUAAGUAGCCCCUCGCGGCAGAGCUACAGUAACUGGGUUACUGGGGCCUCCCAGGUUCUAGCUGCCGGCCAGCUCCAGGAGCGGGCUAUUCGCCAGCAGGUUAAGAGCUCGAAGACGAAGCGGGCUCGGGGCCAACUCCAGUGUGGAGGUGAGCUCCGGGCUUCUGAAGCCCACGAGCUUCAGAAGCAGAAAGCCGAGCUUCAGGCCCAGAAGCUCGCUGCGGCCGAAGCCCGGAAGCUAAGCCAGGCCGCAAACCGAGCCCAGAAGCUCGCUACGGCCGAAGCCCGGAAGCUGAGCCAGGCUGCAAAGCGAGCCCAGAAGCAGCUCCGCCGGGCAGGAAUUGAAGCCCGGAAACAGGAGCGCCUCCGGAAGAAAAGCGUGGCUCAGCUCACCCAAUCGGGCUUCCCAAUUCCUCCGGAGUUGCAGGACCCAAUUACUGACCCAGAAGCUGAUUCUGGGAGCGAAUAUGAGAGUGCGAGUAAGGGUGGGCGUGGGAGUGGGCGUUGGAGUGGGAGUGAGAGUGGGAAUGAAGAAGUGAUAAUUUCGUAG